AUGUCCACCUGCAGGACAUCAAGGCACACCCGGACCAACCUGAGACCGAAAACUAACGCCUGGCAACCGGAAUCCGCCGUACAUUCACCACCAGCGGGAAAACCACCGUCACCCGGCGAAUUUUCCGACGGCCCCGGGCCAACACCCGUCACGCCGCCACGGUCGCCGGAUCCACCCGACCACCGGCGACGACCGGCGCCCCGCGUCGCAACCGCGAUCCAGCGGGGCGUCGCAAACAACAGGACCGGCGGAUCCACCGGACCGACGUCGGGCGCAAGGCCGGCCACUAGGACCUGGGUCGCGCCCGCCAGCGCACCACGACCCACACCGCCACCGCCACCACCGGACCAGCGCGGGCGGGCACGUGCCCGACAACAGGCCCCGCGGGCCAACUGGCCGGUACCAACCACGUGCCCAGCGGCCGCCGACACCGCGGCACCACAACCACCGCCAGCACAACCAAGGUGCGCCGCCACCGCCCGGGACCAGCCAGCACCGCCACCACUAAGGGCCGUGGGCGCUCAUCCAGCGGCACCUAUCACCGUCCAGGUGGCUCCGGGGACCACCAUCCGAGUCCCAUGCGGUGCACCAUGUACGCCGCCACCGCGCCUGGACCCCGGAGGGCCUUUGGGUCCUCCGGUUCAACAGGGAUGGCACCCUGCGCAGCAGCCGCCUAUGACCCCGUGCCGCCACCAUCUAAAAGGGGGGGGGGUGAUGUAA